AUGUCUCAGCAAAGGUCGGGGUUAUCAUUUCCCCCAUGCCACAUACUCGAUGUGUGUGGUUUUCGGGUAUUAUUUGAUUGCCCUAUGGACCUUUCAGCUCUAACAGUCUUUGCGCCGAUUCCUGUGGAUUCUUGUACCAUGCUUGAUGUUGAAGCUUCUGCUUGUUCAGCCCUUAAGUAUUUGGAUUCAGAGUCUUUCGAAAAUAAGAGGCGCAAAAUUGGAGCACCUCUUGAUGCAAGCAGUUUGAUACAUGCAGAACCUUAUUACAAAACUGUUAAAAGCUUGCACUUAUGGAAUAGUUCUUUUAUUGAUAUUGUAUUGAUCUCAAGUCCAAUGGGCAUGCUUGGAUUACCAUUUCUGACUCGCGCUAAGGGUUUUUCUGCUAAGAUAUGUGCAACUGAAGCCACAGCGAGAAUUGGACAGCUUAUGAUGGAGGAUCUUGUUGCAAUGAACAUGGAAUUGAGGCAGUUUUAUGGACCUGAUGAGUCUGGUUUCCCUCGGUGGAUGAAAUGGGACGAGCUUGAAAUGCUUCCGUUGGCAUUGAAAGAGAUAGUUGUAGGCAAAGACGGUAGCGAGCUUAGUGGUUGGAUGCCAUUGUACAGGAUGUUUCUCAGUGCAGCUGAUGUGAAGGAUUGCAUGCAGAAGGUUCAGGCUCUUAAAUAUGGCGAAGAAGCCUGCUAUAAUGGCACAUUAAUUAUAAAGGCUUUCAGUUCAGGUUUAGAUAUUGGGGCAUGUAAUUGGACCAUGAAUAGUCCACGAGGAAACAGUGCAUAUCUUUCAGGCUCCGUUUUUGUGUCAGCAAUGGCCAUGGAUUUUGAUUAUCCUGCGCUUCAAGGAAGUGAUAUGAUUUUCUAUUCAGAUUUCUCAUCGUGGAAUGUUUCCCACAAUGUCGAGAGUGAUAAUAGCCCUUCUCCACCUACAAGUGAUAUAUCAAGUUUCAGUGAUACUGAUGAUAACUGGGAAACAAUUGCUCAAUCCUUGCUAAAUAAUGAUGAAGCGUCCGAGGAGAUGGAGAAAUUAGCUUUUGUAUGCUCAUGUGCCAUAGAUUCUGUUAAGGCUGGAGGUUCAGUCUUAAUCCCAAUUGGACGAAUUGGAAUUAUUUUGCAGCUUCUAGAGCAGAUAUCUUUUUCCCUUGAAUCCUCAAAUUUGAAGGUUCCCAUAUAUAUCGUUUCUUCUGUAGCAGAAGAAUUGUUGGCAUUCUCCAAUAUCAUACCUGAAUGGCUAUGCAAGCAGCGGCAAGAAAAGCUGUACUCUGGUGAGCCACUGUUUGCUCACGGGGCACUUAUCAAAGAGAAAAAGAUCCAUUUGUUUCCUGAAUUCAUUCGCUCAAACUGUU